UCAGUUGCAUUUUUCUCAUUUUCUCGACAUUUUCUCAGCUGAAAUGAUGGCAGAGGCUUUGGCAACAGCCCCAAGUAGUCUCAUUACUAUCUUCCAGCCUGUCUCUGGCUACGAAGAAGAGCCAGCGGCCGCCAAAACUACCAGAGACAGAGCAGAGACUGGCGUCAUACUCACCAACAGGAGCUGCUUGAACACAGAGCAAGACGAAGAGCUCAUUGAUUUGGUGGACGGGCUCAACUGCUGCCAUUCUUGUAGUCUCUCUUCCUCUCCACUCAUAGAGGCGGUCAGCAGUGAUCAUGCCGGUUGCCUCAAAGAGAUUCUCUCUUCACCAUCACCGCCUGACCUACUCGCUCCUCUACUAACCACAGGAGUCACUGUCUGCCAUCUUGCAGCUCGGAAAGGAUCAGCCCGUGUUUUACAGCUACUUCUAGAGAUAGAGCCUUCCCUGGCGUUGUGCAGGGAUUACAAAGGAGCCACUCCAUUACAUACCACCGCUCAACACGGGGAGAUCGAGUCAAUGAGAUACCUACUGCUCAAUUCUGACUGUCGGAGCGACACUAAGGAUUCUGAUGGCGCCACUGCUGUCCACUAUGCUGCUAUGUCUGGUAAAUUGGACUGCCUGAAAGAGCUCUGCAUUCAAGGAAAAUGUGACGUGAACUCUACCACAACAGGAGGAGAGACACCAGCUUAUUUUGCUGCUCAAGAAGGACACUUGGACUGCUUGCAAUGGCUGACGCAGUACGCUGGGGCUGACCUUGGAACGGCAUCUUAUGAUGGCAUGAGCCCCAUUCAUGCCGCGGCUCAGAACGGACAGUUACACGUGGUCCACUGGCUAGUCAGGUCAGCCAAUUGUCCGGUUAACCUCAGGACCAGUGACGGAGCCACGCCAGUACAUUUUGCAGCUGCUAAAGGGCAUGUAUUGUUACUGGAAUGGAUGUUGCACCAUCAUUUGGCCAGUGGGCUAGAGAGAGAUGAUUAUGGCGCAACUCCAGUACACGAUGCAGCUGAACACGGGCACAUAGAAUGUCUACAUGUCUUUUACAAUCACUCGGUCAAACUGGACAUGCAAGACGCCGAUGGAUUCAAGCCAAAGGAUCUGGCAAUGGACAAAGGUCACAUCGAAUGUGCAGCAUUUAUCGGUCACCCACGGCAGCAAAUGGCCAGCUGGAUACAGCAAAAACGACAGCUACAAGGAGCAUGGCAACUACCAGUGAGAGUGGACGAAGACGUUGGAGAAGGAAAGUAUGUACAAUUGAACAGACACAACAAGAAAGGAAUCAAGAAGAGAUUGUCAUUUAGCUUCUUCUCAAAAAUGAAGGCAUCAAAAUGAUUCCUGUUACACUCACGUCACCAGGGAACAACAUUCAUUCACAGAACACUACUCAAUCAUACAACAUGUACAAUAUAAACACAUACAAUGAUGCAUCUUUAUCCUUAUCACUAAUUGUUGCACACACACACACACACACACACGAUCAUUGCAAUGUUGUUGUACAGUUUUACUUCCUCUCUUUUGCUGUUAUUGUCUAUUACCAUAUACUACAUCUUAA